AGCCCUGGGUGCUACAUGCUGUAUAUGUCUACUCCUGAGUUCCCCACAUAGAUCUUUAGAAAAAACAUGUGGUCACGAAAUCUUUUAAUUGCUUCUGUAAUUGUCUUUUUGGCAACAACAAUUUCAACUGCUCCUGUGGAAGAGAAAGAGCCGGAGGAGAUAGAGGUAGAGGACGGUGAAGAGGAACUCUCAGAAGAGGAGGAUGAUGAUGAUGACUCCAAGAGUCAGGAAAAGAAUAUGGGAAUUGGAGCACAGCAAGCUACCACAGUAUCUAAAGGCCUGGGUUUAAGCGCUCAGCCUGGCACCUCAUUCCAGGGCGAAGCUCCGAAUGGACAUAAACUCAAUGGGGAUAGUGCCAUGCAAGCUGGGCCUGACCGUAAUGGUGGUGGUGGAGGAGGAGGAGGGGGAGGUGGUGGUGGUGGAGGAGGAGGAGGUGGAGGACAUUCACAUACUUCAUCAUCUGACCCCAGCUCCCAUGAUGCUUCUUUGCCAGGACAUGCAGGCUCCUCUUUAGAUACCAGUAUUGCAGGUCCCAGUUUGGAUCCGAGUCAAACAGGUGCAGGCGCUCAUGGCAGUUCAGUGUCACACGUACAAGCCCCAGGAACAGGGGUUGUCCACCCAGGAACAGGGGUUGUCCACUCAGAUACAAUCUCUCACAGCUCAAUGGGACAAGCAGGAGGGAGCUCCACUCUCAUCAUUAUCCAUGAGGCUCAUCCACAGCCUGCAGGUGGCAGCAUUCAUACAUUUGAUGCUGCUGGCUAUCAGACUGAGGCUCCAACAAGUGAGACUGAAAUAGAGUCGCCUGAGUAUGACACACCUGAGUCACCUGAGUUUAAUGGUAAUGGUCACAAGCUGCUUAUUGGAGGAGCAGUAGAAAAUGGACAUGCAGCUAUACCUGUAGUCACUGACCUCUUCAUUGAGGACACAACUCACAUGGAUCCCACAGGUGCUAUGGAUCCACUUGGUGCAAGUUCUCACCUGGACAAUACAGGUAUUAUCGACCAAUCCAGCCAUGACUUCCUCAUUGGUUUAAUGGGUGGUGUGGGGGAUCCGUAUGCUUCUGACAUCCAUAUCGACAUCUCAGAUCACACUGGAACGACUUCUCAAUUAGACUCAAUAGCUGUGGGUUGGGGUCCAGGACCGGCGUUGUCGUCCAGUAGCAGCCCGGGUCCAGACGUUCCACCAGGCCUUGGAGAUCACAUAGGUCUAAUAAGUGAUUUUACAGGCCUUACUGACAACUCAGGGCCUGACCAUCCAUAUCUGAGCUCAGGUUUCGAUGGAUCAUACCACUCAGCAGGUGAUCAUGCUGGUCUAUCCGAUACUACCGACCACCCAGUAGCAGUGAUGUCACAUACUGAUUAUUCAUCAUCGCACAUUGACCACCCAGGAAAUGGUCGUCAAAGCCAGGUUACAGACACACAUGGAGGUGAUCAUGCGGUCAACGAUGUGCAUCAUGAUGUAACAGAUCCACCUGGGCAGCAGAUUGUGUCUACAGACAUAGGCCUACUAGAUGCUGGUGAGCACGGCGUCGUCUCUCACCACGACGACAUGGGAGCUGUUACAGACGGGGUCGCUGUUCAGCAUCAUGAUGACGUUCACACCGUCAGCCCUCAAACAGAUACCACAGCACUUGGGGCAAACGUGUACAGCUCCAGCGCACCAGGGACGCCCGAUUCUGUGCUUAGAUUUGGACAUGACACUACAGUUGUUGCAGAAGCACACAGUGUCUUCAUUCAGACCGAUUCCCCAGUCACAGCUGAUGCACAAGGAUCCACUCUACAGACUUCCAGUCAUCUUGGUGUAACAGAACAGACACAGCCUGCUGUUUCCGCAGCUGAACAGUACAACCCAUCUGGUCAGGGUCCUGAAGGUGCAGAAAAUGUGGAACUGGAGGAUACCUGCUGACUUUCAUAUGAAGCCUCGUGUCAAGUUUCUACGCUACAGAUUUCAGUGUACGGACCAGUCUGCAUGGCAGAGAAACAGUGAUCCAGCCCACUAGCAAAUCUAGUUGUUUGUGUCUAUGUUUGUUUGUUUGAACUUUGUCUAUUUAAACUUAAAGAUGACACUGUAAGUAAACUUUUUGCGCACUUGUUAAUAGACGUUUUGUUUCAUUCGUUGCAUAUAUGACAAAAAGACAAGAGGGUACUAAGGAGAACCCUCUGACUCAGAUGAAUAUGGCUCAUACAAAAGCUUCAUCCCUACGAAUAUUGAUGUACAAAAGCUCAAACAAUAUACUGAAUCUUUAUGAAGCUUUGUUAUUUUGUAAUUUCCACAAGUACUGUAUUUCCCAGUUUAGAAAAUGUGAGAAAUAAUAAUUUUGUGUCAGAAAUUGUACAUUGCGAAAUGUAUAUCAAAGUAAUCUCUACAUUAAA